AUGGCACUAAAAGAGAAGUCUCACCUAGAAAAUCCAAGGAGUAUCCUGGAAAAAUUCCAUGUGUCAGAAGAAUUCGGCUUUGUCCUGUCAGACCCAUUGGUUGAAUUACCUGAGUAUUAUGCCCCCUGGAUGAAAAUUGCAACGGAGCUCACCUCUCUGAUCGAGACCAAACAGCUUCAUGCCGAAGUCCAAAAGCUGCCCUUGCUCACUAUCGAUCAGCUCCAGGGACAUCGGGAGCUGCGCCUUGCACACCUGGCACUGGGGUUUAUCACCAUGGGAUAUGUGUGGCAAGAAGGAGACAAAAAUGCUGCCAAGAUUUUGCCAAAAAAAAUUGCCGUCCCUUUCUGUCAAAUCUCUGAGAAACUCGACUUGCCUCCAGUGCUGGUGUAUGCAGACUGUAUUUUGGCAAACUGGAAGAAAAAGGAUCCCAAUAGACCUAUGGAUUUAGAAAAUUUGGAUACUAUCGUUUCACUCCCUGGAGGGGACAACAGUAAAGCAUUUUUCCUGGUUUCUUUACUUGUUGAACUAGCAGCUGCUUCUGCAGUCAAGGUGAUUCCUGUUAUAAUGGAUGCAUUAUCUCGUGAGGAUGCUUCCUCUUUGCAAAUUGCACUGCAUGAACUGACUUCUUCUGUGCAGAAAACCCAGGAUGCUUUCACCCUCAUUCAUGACCAUGUAGACUCAACAUGUUAUUAUGAAACACUACGCAUCUUCUUGUCUGGUUGGAAGGACAAUCCCCUGUUGCCAGAUGGUCUUCUGUAUGAAGGGGUAUGGAAGACACCCAAAGAGUUUUCCGGUGGCAGUGCAGCACAGAGCACCAUCAUUCAGUGCUUUGAUUUGCUGUUGGGAAUCCAGCACAGCUCCAGAGAUGAGGCUGCUGCCAACUUUCUCAAGAGAAUGAGGGACUACAUGCCUCCAGCUCACAGGGACUUUCUUCAGUUGGUUGCCUCCGGACCCACCGUCCGCCCAUUUGUCCUUUCAAAGGGUGACCCGGAUCUGCAAAAGGCUUUUGACAAGUGCGUAUCUGCUCUUGUGGCACUCAGGAACUACCACCUUAAAGUGGUGGCCAAGUACAUUGUAUGGCCGGGACAGAAGCUGCAGCGUGAAGAGAACCAGAAGGAGGGGCUGCAGAAGGAAUUGGUGGCUUUAGAGGAGAAGGGAACUGGGGGCACAGGAUUCAUGCAGUUUCUCAAAACAGUCAGGGAUUCAACUAGGAAAUCCCUCCUAAAGGAGUAUUAA